GUAUAUGAAACUAUUAUGAAUCUGAAUGUGUUCACAUUUUCCUAUAUUUGUAAAAGAAAGACAUUGCCGUAAAGGACGAGUCGGAACUCUUGUGAAGCUUGUGCGGUUCGUUCUUGAAGAGACCGGCGAGAGGCCAAAAUGUUGAGAACUCGAUUGUUUUGGUUCAGUUUAGGAUUCGCGACAACAGCUGCUUCCAUUUCCCAUUUCGUCUGGAGAGAUCUAUUGGCUUAUCGAUGUGCUCUUUCAUCUGAUAUGGAGCGGAGUUUUGAUGCCCUGGAAGCUAGAAUCUCGAAUCUCGAGUCCGCUCGAAACCGGAAUUCGGUUUCAUCUGCUGAGGCCAAUGACUGAUUGUUGGUGGAGCUCGUUAUUUAGUUUAGCACACAGAAGGGAAGCAAUCUCAUGAGGUGUAUUGUUGGUGGGAUUUUGUACCAAUAUUUAUGCAGGAGGAUGAAACCCCAUGCAAAAGGUGUAACUCCCUUUAUUUUAUUUUCUUCUUUUUUUCCCUCAAUAAAAAUGGAGAAUUUUGUAUAAAAAAAAGUGGACUUCAAUUUUUACACAAUUAUCCUACUUGAAUCCUUAUUGGUUGUUGGAAUUAAAUCGUUAAAGACCGAGGAUUGGGAACUUUCAUUGCAUUUGUGUGGACGAUGUCAGAGUAGAAACGUCAAAUAAAGUGGUGUAUUUAUUUAUUAUAAGCAUAAUAAACAUUGAAAUCCUUUUAAUGUUA